AUGGAGAAACUUGGGGUGUCAAACCCCUUAGCCAAACCUCCCCACACACCGCAUUCCUACAACGACACAUAUGUCGUUGCCUACGAUUUCAGUGAAGUCGACUGCGAGACAGCUGUCAAGGAACUCACUACCUUGCUAAGUGACCUCCAAUCUACCGGCCUUCAGACCGAGGUGAGGGCCGGCUAUGACCAGACCCUGCUCGUCUUUGCCAAAGCCCCGCGACAGCUGCUCGGGAACACAGUCUACAAGGCAAGGGUCAAAGACUGGCUCUAUGGCAUCAUCCCGGAGCAUCCCGGCGGGACCAAGGACACAGUUAUUGAUGGCGCCUUCGAGGCCGAGGAUCUCCUCUCCGUCUACCAUCUCGUCAACUGGUCAAAGUCUUUGGGUGGUGCUGGGAUCACGCCGGGGUCGGGGCAAUGGAAGAACGUCAAGUCCAUCUUUCCCCUGCACAAUGAGGGGACGAACCAGUCUCUGAUGAAGCAUCUAAGCAAGCGCCUGUUCUUGACAUUGGACGACAUCGAUGACAUCCGCGACCUCUGGGGCGCCAAGGUCGCCUUCUACUUUGCCUUUAUCCAAACAUAUCUCCUGUUCCUCACCUUCCCGGCCAUCACCGGCGUCUUUGCCUGGAUGUACCUCCCCAAGUACUCCCUGACCUACGGAAUCGCAACCUGUGUCUGGUGCACCAUCUUCCUGGAAUACUGGAAGAUCCAGGAGGUCGAUCUCAGCAUCCGCUGGAAUGUCCAGGGCAUCGGCAAGGUCAAGGUCAACCGGCCGCAGUUCAGGUACGAAAAGGUCAUCAAGGAUGUCACCGGUCGCGAGAUACACUACUUCCCCAAGUGGAAGCAGAUUUCCCGUCAAAUGCUGCAGAUUCCCUUUGUUAUGGUUUCCGCCGCUUUGCUCGGCGCCAUCAUAGUGCUCGUCUUUGCCAUCGAGGUCCUCAUCUCUGAAGGCUACGACGGACCAUUCAAGAACCUGAUGGAAUACGUGCCAACGUGCUUGCUCGCCAUCGCGCUACCCUACCUCAGCAGCGCCCUCGAAGACAUCGCCACGGUACUCACAAACUUCGAAAACCAUCGCACCGCCGACAACCACGAGAUGUCUCUGACGCAAAAGAUCUUCGUCCUCAGCAUCAUCACCAACUACCUUCCCAUCCUAAUCACCGCCUUUGUCUACGUGCCUUUUGGCGACACCUUCGUCCCCUGGCUCGAGAGCCUGACCAAGACCUUCCUGGGCGCUAUCGGUCAAAAGUACAUGGACGAUGACCUGACCUUCCACGUGGACACGGACCGCCUCCGCGACGAGGUCAUCGCCCUCGUCGUCACCGGCCAGAUUACGGGCUUCUUCGACGAAAACAUCAUGCCCGUCCUCAAGCACAAGGCGCAGGGCAUGUAUCGCGAGUGGCGGCGCUCCCACUCCAAGGACACCAUGCUCAUGUCCAUCGUCGCGGACGACCCCGAGGAGGCCCGGUUCCUGCGCAGCGCGCGCAACCAGGCGACGCUGGAACGUUACAACGUGCAGGACGACAUCGCCGAGAUCGUGCUGCAGUUCGGCUACCUCGCGCUCUUCUCGCCCGUCUGGCCGCUGAUCCCCAUCGGGUUCCUCAUCAACAACGUCGUCGAGCUGCGCACGGAUUUCCUCAAGAUCUGCAUGGAGCACCAGCGGCCUGCGCCCGUGCGGACCGACGGCAUCGGCCCGUGGAUCAACUCGCUUGACUUCCUCACCUGGGCCGGCAGCCUCACGACUGGCGCCAUUGUGCACCUCUUCGGCGCCAACAGCAUUGGCAACGGCGCGUGGUGGGCGCUGCCCCUUACCAUCUUCGUCAGCGAGCACAUCUUCCUCGCGCUCCGGUCCGUGGUGCGCUUCGUGCUACAGCGCAUCGGGUCGGAGCAGAUCCGCAAGCAGAGGCAGAAGCGGUACGCCAUGCGGGCGAAACACCUGCAGGAGAUCGAGGCGAACAAGCGACAGGGGUUGCUUCUCUCCGUCGCCGAGCGGGAGAGACGCAAAUCGAUCAGGGCCAUGGGCCAAGACUCGUUCUGGACGACGCAGCUCGACGAGGGCGCGAGCGCAGCCGUUGGAAUCGGUCUGAUUCAGUCCGUCAAGAAGGCCGAGAUCGUCAAGAACGGCCAGCCGAAGAUUGACUGA